AUGAGAAUCGAUACAUUAGUCUUGGCCGCAGGUAUAGCCAACGGAGUGCAAGGUGCCUCCAGCCAUUUCGGCAACUUCAGAAGAGCCUCGGAGCCGCAAUCCAAUGUGCUCCAGUUCCAAAACUUUGGAUACUCUGGAAGAUACCAGAUGGUGGCAGAGUUGAACGACGUGGACUCCGAUAGCUGCUCGUGUGCAUUGAGCAACGAGCCAGUUGCGUUCAGUGGCGUGAACUCGCCUAUCAACGAAGAAGUGUCUGUACAUUUCAGGGGCCCCUUGGUGUUGAGCCAGUUUGCCGUGUAUGUUGCCGACAAUUUCGUCCAUGGACAGAACUCGUCCUCCGACUGGAGCAGAAUCGCAUACUACGACGGAUCCUCAUCCGCAGCCGAAAACGUCACUUUCCUCACAACCGCUGGUGACGACUCCAAGUGUCUUGGCAAAGCCUUGACAUACGCAGGUACAAAGGGGACAGACAAAGCCAGUUCCGCCACCGUGUUGCCUGAGAACGUCCUCCUCAACUCCAACGAUGAAUACUCGAUCUUUUCCAACAUAACCUGCCAGAGCCUGGGACUCAACAACGACUGUGGUGUUUAUAGAUCAGGCAUCCCUGCCUAUCACGGAUUCUACGGAACCGUCAAAACGUUCUUGUUCGAGUUCACCAUGCCCAACGAUACCACUUCCGACACUUCCAUUUCCAACUACAACAUGCCAGCAAUCUGGCUCUUGAAUGCGCACAUUCCAAGAACCGCCCAGUACUCGCUCGAUGCCAACUGUUCAUGCUGGAGAUCUGGAUGUGGUGAAUUCGAUAUUUUUGAAGUCAAGAACACCACCCAAGCAGGGCAGCUUUUCACCACCAUCCACGACUAUCAGGGUACUGGUGAUAUCGAAACAGGAAUCCAGAUUGACGGGUUCAUUCCCAGAAAAUACAAUGAAACCGUCAAGGGUGGUGUCAGCUUCGACUCCAAGGGGAACACGGUGGUGUGGGUGUCCAACUCCACCUCAUUCGGCUCCACCAUUAAGGCCAGUGAUCUUAAUGGCUGGGUUUCGGGUGCGGGAACUCCUGUGACCGAGCAACUUGCAUCUGCCAGUUUGGCCCCAGCCUCCAGCUCCAACACUAGGUCGAGCUCCAAGAAGAACGACGGUACCGUAGCUAACCCUAAUUCCGUGCUUAACAGAAUUGCUAUUGGUCUUGUAAGCGGUUUAAUUUGGUUUUUUUAA